CAGUACCUCUGAAUCACUGAAGGGGGCGUGUGUGAGCAUACGGGCUUGUUCUGCUAAUAUUCUUCUUCACGUAUUACAGACAAAUGGUAUUGUGGGUAAUAUGCUAGCUAAAAAAGUCAAGUGCACCGCAAUCAGUCCGUUUAAUUUAAAUUUUUGCCCUGACUGCAAAAAUGGAAGAUUAUAUAUAAGCUAAAACAUUUCUCAAAACUGGAAGUGAUAAAGAAUGGAAGUCCGAUGCCGGAGCUAAAAGAUUUGCUUCAAACGACGGGUCAGGAGAUAACGCGCUCUUUUCAAACGGAGUGGUACACCCGAAAACACUGGCUGUGUGUUUGUGCUUUGAGAAACCGCCUUUUCUGCUUUCCCUGCGUUUUGUUCUCAACGGGUGACAAUGUCUGGACUACAACGGGAUUUUGUGACUUGAAAAAUAUGAAGUAGACGAGACAACGGAUGUCACAAACAAAGCCCAGAUCUGUCAUUUUGUAUUAUGUGGCAAAAAGUGAGGUGGCCUGUGAAGUGAGGGAGGAGUUUUGGGGAUUUGAUGAUGUGCGUAAUGAGACAAGUAAAGGGCCUGUUGGACUUGAAGACACGCUUUGACCGUUUCCUGCAGGAAUCGUUCGGUAACGACCGGCUCUUUAAACAGACCAUCGCUGGAGACUUUGAGUGCUUUCUGAACCUCAACUCCCGAUCACCCGAGUACCUCUCACUCUUCAUUGAUGACAAGCUGAAGAAAGGAGUGAAAGGGCUGACCGAGCAGGAGGUUGAGUCCAUCCUGGACAAAGCUAUGGUGCUCUUCCGGUUCAUGCAGGAGAAAGAUGUUUUUGAGCGUUACUACAAACCGCACCUGGCCAGGAGGCUUCUCACCAAUAAGAGCGUCUCUGACGACUCGGAGAAAAAUAUGAUCUCCAAGCUUAAGCUGUCUCUAGGCGGUGUUGAUCUAACAGUCAGAGUCCUGACUACAGGUUACUGGCCUACACAGUCAGCUACGACCAGAUGUAACAUCCCUCACUCCCCACGGCAUGCCUUUGAGGUCUUUAGAAGGUUUUACUUGGCCAAGCACAGUGGCCAGCAGCUCACACUGCAGCACCACAUGGGCUCAGCAGACCUCAAUGCGACCUUCUAUGGGCCUGUGAAAAAGGAGGAUGGAUCAGAGUUAGGCGUAGGAGGUGCACAGGUAACAGGCUCCAACACAAGGAAGCACAUACUGCAGGUAUCCACCUUCCAGAUGACUAUCCUCAUGCUCUUCAACAACAGAGAAAAGUGCACUUUUGAGGAGAUCCAGCAGGAGACGGAUAUCCCGGAGCGGGAGCUGGUACGAGCGUUGCAGUCUCUGGCGUGUGGAAAGCCCACGCAGCGAGUGCUUACCAAGGAGUCAAAGAGCAAAGAGAUUGAGAACGGACACAUGUUUACAGUCAACGACCAGUUUACCUCCAAACUGCACAGAGUCAAAAUCCAGACAGUCGCUGCUAAACAGGGGGAGACAGACCCAGAGAGGAAGGAGACGCGACAGAAAGUGGACGAUGACCGGAAACACGAAAUCGAGGCAGCCAUAGUGCGCAUCAUGAAAUCAAGAAAGAAGAUGCAGCACAAUGUACUUGUAGCAGAGGUGGCUCAGCAGUUACGGUUCUUCCUCAGCCAAGUGGUGAUCAAAAAGAGAAUUGAAGGACUUAUAGAAAGAGAGUAUUUGGCACGAACACCAGAGGAUCGCAAAGUGUACACUUACGUGGCAUAGACAUGGACACAGAGGGGUGUAUGAGGGAAAAACUGUUCAUAAAGACUGGGAAAUUUAUUUUAACAGGUGAAUUUUGGAAGCUGACCUUUUCCUCCUGAACAAAAGCAACUUAAAACAAACACAAAAGAUCAGAAAUGAACAGCAAAGAGAAUUGAAACAAUCCAUGAUAAGUGUUGUUGAUGUUUUGAUUAGGCCACCACUUGCACUCCUGUACGGAUCUCAGCCAUGGAUGGAUCCAGCUUCAAGCUCUUCACUGGUUUAUCUGUGUACAAACUGCUGUUCAAAGGAAAAGAAAAAGAAUCCCUUGGGAAAAUGUGAAUGCACCACACAUUUUUCAUAUUUUCA